AUGGCAAAGUUUAGAUCAUAUUAUGGGAAGGAUUUUCUUUUUGUUCUUCUUUUAGUAUCGUAUAUUUCUUUUCAAGUUGCAACAUGUGGCUCCAUAGUAAAGUUUCUUCCUGGAUUCAAUGGUCCCCUUCCUUUUCUGCUUGAAACUGGGUAUGUGGGAGUAGGAGAAAAAGAGGAUGUGCAAGUGUUUUACUACUUCAUUGAAUCAGAGAAUAAUCCAAAGGAAGAUCCUCUCAUGCUUUGGCUAACUGGUGGACCUGGUUGCUCUGCUUUGUCUGGCCUUGUUUUUGAAAUUGGUCCACUUGAAUUUAGAAAGGAGGAAUAUAAUGGGAGUCUGCCUAAUCUGAUACUGAAACCAUAUCCAUGGACAAAGGUGAGCAACAUUAUAUUUGUAGAUUUGCCUGUUUUCACGGGCUUUACAUAUGCCACAACAAAUUCAGGUUCACAACGAAGCGACUCCAUACUUGUUCAUCAAACUCAUCAAUUUUUCAGAAAGUGGUUAGUUGAUCACCCAAAAUUCCAAUCAAAUGAUAUUUACAUUGGAGGUGAUUCAUACUCGGGCAUUCCUCUUCCAGCAGUUGUUCAAGAAAUUGUACAAGGAAAUGAAAAAGGUGUCCAACCUUGGAUUAAUCUUCAGGGAUACUUAUUGGGAAAUGCUAUAACAACUAGAAAGGAACAUAACUAUAAAGUCUCUUUUGCUCAUGGAAUGGGACUCAUAUCUGAUGAACUAUACAAUUCACUCCGGAUAAAUUGUAAAGGCGAUUAUAUAAAUGUAGAAAGCAGAAAUAUUUUAUGUUCUAAAGAUAUUGGAUUAUUUGAAGAAGCUAUAUCAGGACUUAAUUCACCUCAUAUUUUAGACCCAAAAUGUGAUUGGCGUGAUGACACUGAAAAAAUUCUAAGAAGAUCUCUAAUAAAAAAAUAUCCCUAUAACUUCCUCACUUCAAAUCUCAAAUUGCCUCCCUUAAGUUGUCGAAGUUAUCCUUAUAUCCUUUGCGGAUUUUGGGCCAAUGAUGAGAGUGUUCGCAAAGCAUUACACAUACGCAAGGGUAGUAUGGGAAAAUGGUAUCGUUGCACCUUUAAUAUACCUAAUAAGCAGGAUAUAUUAAGCAGUUAUGAUUAUCAUGUAAAUCUCAGUAGAAAAGGCAUUCGUUCACUAAUUUACAGUGGAGAUCAUGACAUGUUAGUUCCUUUCUUGGGGACACAAGCAUGGAUAAGAUCUUUGAAUUAUUCCAUUGUUGAUGAUUGGAGACAGUGGCAUGCAGAUGACCAAGUUGCAGGAUACACACGAACUUACUCUAAUCUGAUGACAUUCGCAACUGUUAAGGGUGGAGGACACACAGCUCCAGAAUAUCAGCCUAAAGAAUGUCUUGAGAUGUUUAGUAGGUGGAUAUCUAAUAAGACUUUGUAG